GUCAAAGCAAAGGACUAUGUCUUAUAAACUAAAACAUAUCGUGAAUAAAUACCCUGUGAUUUAAAAAGAAAAAAGGCUGAGGAAUUGACUCAGAGGGACCUCAAUUCAUAAAAAAAAAAAAGAUUGUAAAUAAUCUUGGGCUUCCAGUCUUUUUUAUAGUUAUUUUUCAUAAUUGUAAAACUAAUAAAUGUUGGGAUUACUUCCUUCGUUGAAUCUUUGUUUUUUGUAUUUUAUGUUUUUGUAAGGUCUUAUACUUCUAUCAUCUGUGCACACUCAUGCUGUUGAGAUUCAUACAUACAGUGGAAUUUAAAAAGUCUACACAAAAUGUAAAUUUUCUGUAAUCUCAUUAUACAUAAUGAUAUAUUUCAAGCCUGUAUUUCUUUGUAAUUUUGCUUUGUUUUAUUGUAGAAAGUUUUACAAUAGCUUUUUUUCAUCCUGAGUACAGAUACCAGCUUAGACUGAUCGUGUUUUGACCCACUGUUUGGUUAAAACUGUCUACCUUCUUUCUCAACAGCAUAUUGGUUAAACAUGUAACCCAACUAGUUUUUUCGUGUCGACAUGGUUUGGCCAAAUGAAUGUGUUCAGGUUGACUUGGGUAACUCUGCCUCCAAACUGCUUUGAUUGAUGCUUUGAUUUCACAACCAAAGCAUUAUUACAAGGUUUAUUAUGUAUUAUUUUCCAUUUUCCUUCUCAUUACUAUAAUGUGUUAUGAAUAUGCUCAAGGUGAAAGCAUUUCUGUUUACCUGCCCUACAUGUUUAUUUUUGUCAGCUGUAAAUAAUUUCAAAUAUUCAAGCUGUCAUUCCAAUUGUUGUUAAAUGAGUCAACAGGAGAAAAUUACUGCAGCAAAGAAUUGACUUCAGCGGACAACUAUGAAGCCUUCCUACAAUUAUUUUUGUUUAAGUGAAGUGUAGCUGCGUGAGAGCACUGAUUGCUGAAAGUUUCUGCCAUGUUCUAAAAGUGACCAGUUUAUAUCUCAUCUAAAAUGGCCUACUAGUUUAAUUCUGGUUGUGAAGUUAUGUAGCUGUGAACUUGGGAGGUAAAGGACCUGAUAAUUCUGUCAAAUGAUGUUAACAAUGCUUCUUUAUUCUGAAAAGUAAAAUGUAGUGCCAUUGGCCUGCAAUAAAAAAAAACUCGAGGGGAAUAAGGCGGAGGACGGUGGUGAUUUCAAUUUACAUAGUCACAAACAUGUGGUGCUAUUCCUGGAAUAAUAAACCCACUGACAGGUACUUCUGCUUUUGGAAUAAGGUCUUACACAUACGCUGUGACACUCAACCAGCUAAAACUGACUUGUAAUGACUUAAUGUCAUUUGAAGUGUAGUGUAAGCGAAGCCUAGCAAAAAUAAAACCUGGCCUGGUGAGACUGUUUUGGCGCCAACAUUUAGCUAAUAGGGUCAAAAUUUAGCUAUGAUGAAGACACGGAUCUCAUGUCAUGUUUCAGUGCUUCAUGCUAAUGAUGGUGUAAUGUUGAACACUCAAGAUCAAUUGAGCUUUUUUAAAUGCCAGAGACAUUCUGAGAGUUUUCACUGACCGUGUCCGUCCUUUUAAGACCAGAGUGUACCCAGUCUCUUAUUACUACCUCCAUCAGGAUAAUUUCACAAUGGCACAAAGCUUAAAUCAUGUCAAACUGGUUUCUUGAAAACGACGAGUUCAUUGUAUUCCUAUGGCUUCCACAGUCAGCAGAUCCAUGUUCAACAAAGCAUCUUUGGAGUAAGAUGAAAAUGGAGAUUUGCAUCAUGGAUGUUCAUCUCGCAACACAAUUGUUCGAUGCUAUGAUGUCAAAAUGGACCAAAAAUCCUAAACAUCUAAAAAAUGUUUCUGAUACCGUGUUAAAUCACUGUCGAGAGGAAUUAAGGCAGAUCUGAUGACACAAGGGGUUUGUGUGUGUGUGUCUGUUCCACUUGUCCACAAAGUGACCAGUGAGUUUAUGUUUUGAUGGUGCAUCAAUGACAAAUGUUCUACAAAAUAAACUGAAAUAAUUAGCAGGAAGGAUAUCCCCUUUUGAAGAACCCUAACACAAUGACACAACCACAAGCCUGCAAUAAAAAUUAUUUUAAAAAAGCAUUGAAUUAUAUGUUCGUAAAAUUCACUUUCUGUGUUUAUUAACAUAAAUAAAAAUCUGAUUCCACGUAAAUACGUUUGGCCAAUUUUGGGUUGUGCUCAUUUGCCUGCCGCUGCUGUCACCUUGGAAACGGCUCGGGAGCCGUGCUCUGAUUGGUCCCUCCCCACCAUAUGCGGAAGUGGAUGCCUUACCUGUCUGUAGUCCUGAAGGUGGUUUCACACCUGUACGGUCAGCUCCUUGCGCAGUUUUGUUUCCAGGAACAGCCCCCGGCUGUGCGAGGUUUUAUAUCUGCUAUGGACUGAGAGUGGACAACAGCUUUGUGUGUGUCUGUGAGGACCAAGAGUACCGAAGAUACUGCGGAAUUCAAAACUUUCUGUGCGCCCUCGGAUUCUCUCCCAGACAGGCUUCGAGUGAGAUUUACACAAGCAAGGCUGGAUAGUGACACAUAGCUCCAGCACUAACACGCGUCUUCGUGCAAUGUCGAAGAGUGGCACAUGGCCAGGCAACGUUGCCAUGGAGUCAUUGACUAACAUGGACAGUGCAGGGAGCUGUGACAGUGUAAUCAGCACAAACUCUGCCUGGGUGAGUGGCGCUAGCGAAGAUAGUAUGGAGUACCUAUCUGCUGAAGAGAAGGCAUGUCUGAUGUUUCUGGAGGAAACAAUUGAAGCACUGGAAGUGCAGGAAGACAGUGGCUUAUCAAAUGACGAGCCAGACGUGUGGUCAAAGACGGAGCCACAAGAUCAGAUAAGUAAUGGAAUUCUCAGGAUAUCCUCUCCAACUCCCCACACAACAGCAGAUCCUCCAUCUGCUGGAUCAACCACAGAGUGUGAAACUGAGCAUCACGCUGCAAAUCAAAACUCCAACCCACAAUCUGCUUCCAUGUCUGCAGUCGGCGUGAAAAAUGUUAAAACAGAGAACCUGGGAGUUGAAACUGAUCCUUCAGUGUCUAACUCUGGUUACACAACCUCAUCAUCAGACAAAACAACUGACGUUUCAAAGUUAGAUGGAGAUCUUGAGCUUGAGAACAUCACAAAUUCUGGAGAUGCCUCAGAGAAUGAUCUGGAUAUAAUCCCUCCACCAACAGACUUUAGAGAUGAACCAGAACCGGACUUGCUACUGGAAGCCAUGACGGUGGUCCCGCCACCAGCAGCCAUGACCGUGGAGGCCAUGUCAGUGGUCCCACCACCGGAGACCAUGACCAUGGAAGCUACAACCGUGAUCCUGCCACCUGAAGCCACGACUAUGGUCCCGCCACCAGAGGCCAUGACUGUGGAGGCCAUGACAGUGGUCCCACCACCGGCGGUCAUGACCGUGGAGGCUACAACUGUGAUCCCGCCAUCUGAAGCCACGACCGUGGUCCCGCCACCAGAGGCCACAGCCAUAGUCUCCCCACCAUCUAACGACUUCACAAAGCAAAAACGAACUGUUGAUUUGGAGCAGAUGCGCUUGAGAGCCUCUGUGAAGAGAUCUGUUGUAGACUCUUCUACUGCUGAGGAUUCUUCUAGCAAAGCCUCAGACGUUGCUUCCCUUUUACCCCAAAUGAAUCCCCCCACUGAGCCUUCAGAACCCAGAAACCCACCUGCUGUGGCACCAAAACCUAAGAAGCUACCUUCAAACAUUAUUUUAAAGUCACCGAUGUCACCAACACAUGUCUCUCAUGGAAACCCAGGGCAUUCGGUGCCCUCCCACAGUGAUCGGAUGUUGUUGGACCCUCAGAAGGUUCGAAUGGAGGCCCUCAAAAAGCUUGGACUGCUUAAAGACAACAAGGAGGAAUCAAGUCGUGCUGUAAGCCCUAAGCUUCCUCAGAAGUCUGCUGCAUACAAACGGUCACUGGCGAGCCCCUCUCCUCCAGUCAGUCCUGCUUCUCACACACCCCCUGUAACACCAUCUCUUACCCCAGUCAUUAGUCCCCUACAAGCACCUGUACUCCAACAGUCUGCGUUGGCUCCUACUGUGUCACCAUCAGCUUCUUCAGUAUCUCCUCCCAUCCAGGACGCUGAUAUCCUCCCAGCACCUGCAGCUUUCAGCGAUGGAUUUGGGCCUUCAGGUGACGGACUUCCUGCUGUCACAGAGGCCACUUUCAGUACCCUUCCUAACACAUCGUCACCAAAGGUGAUCAGUAUGAAAUUUGCAACCUUGGAGCGAUCUGGUUUGGGUCUGAGCAGCCAGAUGUCCAAUCAGAGCUUAUUGGAAGUAGCUGGUGGCGAGCAAGACCCAAAGCAACUGCGCAACACUCGGCCAAGACCUGUCUCUCUUGGGACUGGGAAAGACUUUUCUCACGCUAAAGGUGAGGGUUUGGUGGCAAGCGGAACGUCAGAAUUCCAGAAGCCCCAACCGACACAGGCAUUCCACCACAGAGAGUCUUCCAGGCUGCCUCGAUCUCAAGGCAUCAGCGUGAUGAUCUGCCCUCGCCCAGAGAAUGAAGAGGACCGGCGCCACGCCCUGAAGAAGCUGGGACUGCUCAGAGACUAACUUCCAAACGUACCUUUACAUAUUGUAAAACAGACUGAUGCAGACUAUAUCUGGGUUUAAAAUGCUGAAGGAGUGCCUUAACCACAUUGUUAUGCUUCUGUUUUCCACUGAAUACCAUGUGGUUUACUGUACACUAACCGUAUCUGUGUUUCCUUUGACCAUUUAAUAGCUCAAAUCGAAAUGUCAAAAUUUGUGAAUUUCACAAAACUGCAAUAAAAACACUUUUUGCAUCACAUAA